AUGUUGUAAAUUGAAAUCUCGAUAAAUAAAAUCAAUAACUACGAAAAUUUUAGAAAAAUUACAAAAUUAGUUGACAUUCCCCAAUUUGCAUCGGCUGAUCCAAGACCUGUCAUCUUUUUUAAGAAGUUUGCGUCUGCCAUAGACCAUAACACUCUCGCAUUAUAGGUAGGUCAUAAUUCGGUUUCGUUUUAAAUGAUUACUCUCGCAGUAUGGGUACUUUAUAAGUAGGGUUCGUUUUAACCAAACCCUUUUAGCCGAUUUGUAUCAAUUUGA